GGCGGACUGGAACCUGCGGGACAUUGAGGGCUUGAGUCCACGUGAAAAUCGGGCAAUGGGUGAGGUAUCACCCAUCACCAGCAGCUAUUAAGCUUUAUUACCCUCUACGGAGUCCAUAUUUGUCCUGGACAGAUGGCUGGCACGGUGCUCGGAGUGGGUGCUGGCGUGUUCAUCUUAGCCCUGCUCUGGGUGUUGGUGCUGCUGCUGUGUGUGCUGUUAUCCAGAGCCUCCGGGAUAGCUAGGUUCUCUGUCAUUUUUGUAUUCCUUGGUGCUGUGAUCAUCACGUCUGUUCUAUUACUUUUUCCCCGAGCCAGUGAAUUUCCAGCCCCAGAGGUCGAAACGAAGAUUGUGGAUGCCUUUUUCAUUGGGCGCUAUGUCCUGCUGGCUUUCCUCAGCGCUGUCUUCCUUGGAGGUCUCUUCUUGGUUCUAACUCAUCAUAUCCUGGAACCAAUCUAUGCCAAACCACUGCGGUCCUAUUGAGCAUUGUUGGGGAAAACCAAGACCUUGUUCUCCUCUGCUCCAUUUUUAUGUCAUUGAUGAGCAACAAGGGACUUCAGAGCCUUAUUUUGACAGUCUUCCUAUCUGAAGGCAGAGGAAUAUACCUUCAUCACUAAGACAAAUCUCUUGAGCUCUGGCUUCCAGAAACAGAGUUGCAAAAUUGUCCCCAUGGGCAUCAAUUCUCACCAUUUUAGGAGGGCUGCUACUGUCUUCUUAGUACCUGCACUUAGGAAUUUCAUCUGUUUUGAAAGGGAAAUAGUAAUAAUAAUCUUAGAGUAGAUUUUCAGUCAUGCUAUUUAUAAGUGGACUUGGGGGGAAGGAUAAGCCCUUUUUGAUAAUAUGUGAAAUUCUUAGUUAUAAAUUAUUAUCAUAGCUGGGUGUGGUGACACAUGUAAUCCCAGCUACUCAAGAUGCUGAAGCAGGAGAAUUGCAAGUUUGAGGCCAA